GAAGGUUCACCGAAAAUACACCCUCUGUUUCCAGUGUAUAUUUUGCUCUGUUUUGUCUGAUGGUGACUGAUCAAGUUUGUCUCCGCUUCAAUGAUACUCAUCGGAUUCGUUCCACAGACGUGGGGCCGCCUCUCCUGUCAGUAUGUGCCCUACCGGACAGUAGGCCAGGCCGUGUGGACCUGGCCAAAGUCUUAGUCUUCUUGGACGACUUCAGGUCUCCUCCUAUAGCAAGUCUCCUUGGUCCUUGCUUAGUUGCUUGCAUCUCUUAAGCUCCAAGCAAGUCCAGAUCUCCUCUCACCAGCGCACUCCAUUGCGAUUGUUGCAGCUCCAACCAAGCAUAAGCAGCUCAAACACCACACCACACCACUCGGUCUCUGCUGCUGCUCUUGGAUGGACUAGCUCACGAAAGGCGUCUGGCUGCCCGGAUCCUGUCAAGGGUUCAGCUCAGGCCUGGAAUUUCUGCAGGGUUCAGCUCAGGCCUUUUGGACUCUUUCCUUUAUGUGUCAGGGGUUGUAGCAGAGUUACAAGCUCCAAUCACCAGCAGCAGAAAUGGCGGAGGCCUUACUCCAUACUGUUUCAAAGAUAGGUUCCACCUUAGCGGAGGAAACCACGAAGGCCGUCAUUGCCAAGUUAUCUGAGAAAGUUAAGAAUCUGAAGGAAUUACCAGAGAAAGUCGAGGAAAUAGGGAAUGAAUUUAAGGCGAUGAGCAAUGUCAUAAAACAGUUUAGUACACCAAGUCUUACAAACGAGCUUGUUAAGGAUUGGAUUGGCGAGGUGCGGGAGCUGGCCCACCGUGUUGAAGAUGUAAUGGACAAAUAUUCGUAUCAUGCACUUAAAUUGGAGGAAGAAAAUGCAUUGAAGAAGUUCUUCUCGAAAGCUUAUUAUGUCACAGUUUUCAGUGAAAUUGCGGAGGAGAUUAUUCAGAUAGAGAGAAAAAUUGAAAAUGUUGUGAAGCGGCGAGAUCGGUGGCUGCAAUUGCCGCAGCUUAUUUCUAAUCCACUUGCUGAUAUUGAAAGAAAAAAGCCACAAGGUUGUUUCCAGGAAGUUCUACAAGAUGAUCUCGUGGGGAUUGAACACAACAGGAGACAGUUGACUGAAUGGCUAUACUCCGACAAGCAAGGUAGAACAGUGAUCACAGUAUCUGGUAUGGGUGGAUUAGGAAAAACCACUCUGGUCGCAAAUGUGUAUGAGCGGGAGAAGAUUAACUUUACCGCCCAUGCAUUGAUUGUUGUGUCAAAGACUUAUGAUGUGGUUGAAAUGCUGAGGAAAAUGCUUAGGAAGAUUGGGUACCCAGAACAGUCAGAGCUAACAGAUAUGGAUGCCCAUGAGUUGAAAGUAAAAAUAAAAGACAGACUAUCAGAUGGAAAAUGUUUGGUUGUAUUAGAUGAUGUCUGGAAUCGAGAAGCAUACACUCAGAUAGCGGAUGUAUUCCAGAACCUUCAAUCAUGUAGCAUUAUUAUCACAACAAGACAGGAACAUGUGUCUACUCUUGCUCAACCAAGACAUCAACUCAAACUCAAGCCAUUGGAAUGCAAUGAUGCAUUUAACCUCUUCUGCAGAAAGGCUUUCUAUAACCGCAUGGAAUGCAAGUGCCCUCAGGACCUUGAAAAGCUGGCUAAGAAUAUAGUGGAUAGGUGUCAAGGCCUCCCACUUGCAAUAGUAACCAUAGGUGGCAUGUUGUCUUCACUGCCAACAACAGAUUAUGUUUGGAAUGAGACUUACAAACAACUUCGUUGUGAGCUGGCAAAUAAUGAUAAUGUUAGUGCAAUUCUAAAUCUGAGCUAUCAUGACACACCUGGAGAUCUUAGGAAUUGCUUCUUGUAUUGUGGUCUAUUUCCAGAGGAUCACCUAUUGUCAAGCGAAAGCCUUGUGCGGCUGUGGGCAGCAGAAGGUUUUGCAGUGCAAAAAGAACAAAGCACAGCAGAGGAGGUGGCUGAAGGAUAUCUCAGAGAAUUGAUUCAAAGAAAUAUGCUGGAAGUUGUGGAGAAUGAUGAGCUAGGCAGGGUUAGUACCUGCAAGAUGCAUGACCUCGUGCGUGACCUGGCGCUUUCAAUAUUCAAAGAUGAGAAGUUUGGUUCCGCAAAUGACUUUUCAAGCAUUUCUAACAUGGACAAACAUGUUUGUCGCCUGUCAUCAUGUGGAUGGAAAGAGAAAGCUGCAGUAAAAGUGAAAUUCUCACGCCUUCGAACCCUUGUGGCUCUUGGAAUAACUGCAUCCUCUCCUCAGUUGUUAUCCCCAAUUUUUUCUGAAUCCAACUAUCUUACUGUUCUUGAGCUGCAAGAUUCUGAAAUAACUGAAGUGCCACCGUCCAUAGGAAAUUUGUUUAAUCUACGGUACAUUGGUCUGCAGCGCACCAGGGUCAAGUCACUCCCAGAGUCUAUUGGGAGGCUGUCAAACCUCCUCACCCUAGACAUCAAGAAAACAAAAAUAGUGAAGCUACCUCGAGGCAUUGUUAGACUCAAGAAGCUGCGGCACCUUCUGGCUGAUAGAUAUGAAGAUGAGGAGCAGUCAGAGUUUCGCUAUUUCAUUGGAAUGCAAGCACCAAAACAGCUAUCCAAUUUGGAAGAACUGCAGACUCUUGAGACCGUGGAAGCUAACAAGGACUUGGUUGAGCAGCUGAUGCAACUUAAGCAAAUACGGAGCGUGUGGAUUGACAACAUAAGAACUGCGGACUGUGCAAAUCUUUUUGCUACACUGUCCACGCUGCCGCUUCUUUCUAGCUUGCUUCUCUCUGCGAGGGAUGAGAAUGAGGAACUUUGCUUGCAAGCUCUGAAGCCAGAAUCUGAAAAACUCUACAAAUUGAUAAUCAGAGGGCGUUGGGCAGAUAAUACACUAGACUGCCCAAUAUUUCUUGAUCAUGGCAGAAAUCUGAAGUAUCUAGCUAUAAGCUGGUGUCAACUUCAGGAAGACCCACUGCAGUUGCUUUCUCCGUACGUGCCAAACCUAACAUAUCUUAGACUUAACAGGGUGAGCAGUGCAGGCACAUUGGUUCUUGCCGAAGGGUCCUUCCCGAAGUUGAAGACGCUUGUCUUGAAGCGCAUGCCUGAUGUUAACCAACUGAUGAUCAAAGAUGGCGCCCUCACACAGAUUGAAGGUUUAUAUGUUGUGACACUUCCAAAACUCGACAAGGUCCCUCAAGGCAUCGAAUCCCUUCACUCUCUAAGGAAGCUAUGCCUCGUGAAUUUGCACCAAGACUUCAGAGCUCAGUGGGCUAUGGACGGAAUGCAGCAGAAAAUGCAGUAUGUUGCAGAGCUCCAGAUCUAGAAGUGGCAUUUCUGUUCCAUUUGCAGUUACAUUCAUGUAUGUCGUAUCUGCUUGUAACUUGGCCACUUGCUCACAUGCUCAGCAUGGAUAAGUCAUUAGUUAUUGGCAUUGUUAGUCAAACUGCAAUAUCAGCUAUUCAGCUAUAAUACGUCUAGAUUUGUAAUUGUCCAAUAGACCCUUAAACUUGUCUUUCGUACUGUAAUCUCGAGUCCCAUGUAAGAACCCGAACCUUAUGUACUAUUGUACUCAAUUGCAUAAUGUAAUGAACACGUUAUCCUUGUAAGUUGA